AGAGAGAGGGAGGGAGAGGGAGAGACGAACCAAACAAAGUGAAACUAAAAAGGGCAAAAAAUCGAAAGAAAAUGACGAAAUCGGCGACGGAGAAGAAAAGGAUCCGGCGUUCCCCACAGAACGGCGGAGGCGGCAGUAGCAGACAUCUAGACGCCAAUUCCUCCUCGAAGAAAUCAGCUACACAAGAAGAUGUCUAUCAGGUAUUUGCUGAGAAGGUUAGAGACAAUAAACAACUGGAAUCCAGAUGGGCAAUUAUGCAAGAAGCAAGGGUUGAAUAUUUUAGAGGGAAGGACUUCACAUUUUUCUUGAGAAAUCACCCAGAGCUCAAAGAAAUACUAGGAUCCGAUAAAGAUCUGGAUACAGAAGAUAUUGUGAAUACUUUACUUAGGAAGAACCUUAUAGUGAGAUGUGACCGUGUGAUGAAAACUGUUAGACCUGGGAAAAAGAAGUUGUCCUCUUGGCCUGCGCAUUUGGAGAUAUAUCAUGAGCAAGUGUUCUCUGAAAAUGAUGCUUUCUUUGCAUGGGCAUUUAUGAAAAGACGGGCAUUGUGGCAAACAAUUCUUUCAUUCCUCUGGCCAGUGGCAGCAUUAGCAGUGUGCUUGUUUCCAGUAUACCCUUACCAGGUCAAGAUUGUUGUGCUCUACUCAUGUGCUGGAGCGCUGCUUUGUAUAUCAAUAAUGCUUCUGUUAAGAGGUGCAGUUUUUGGUGCUCUAUGGAUCCUUCUUGGAAAGCGAAUUUGGUUUUUCCCCAAUGUUAAUGCUGAAGAAACAACAUUUAGAGAGCUAGUUCGGUUUUGGCCCAAGAAAGACGAAGGUGAACCACCCAAAUGGACAUCCAGGCUUUUCUAUGCCAUUGUUACUCUGCUGGUCAUUCUGUUGCUUCGACAUCAUGCCCCUAAUGAAGCUGCUAGAGCAAGGUACCAAAAGAGAGUUUCAAACAUUAUUGAUGAUAUGCUUGAGUGGUCUCCGAAAUUAGCACUAUCAGGGAUGAGGGAUAAAACCGCAGUAGGUAAUGCGACAGAAUCAAGUAAUCCUACAUUUGAGAGUAGCAAACCUGCAAGCACGGCAGAAGAGUCAACAACUCAUCAUGUUGAUGAUGAAGAUGUAGGUAAUGUGAAGGUUACAACUGAUGAUGUUGAGUAUGAAGUUGUUGAUCGUGGGGUUGAGCAUUCUGAAAAUGUUCACACAUAGAAUGCAUUCAACUAGCCUCACUGAAAUUUAGAAAAUAUAAGAACAAUUGUUACAGUUUACUUAUUGGUUGUAGAAUUUUGCUGCUUCAGUUAGAAAUACUAAAUAUGUUUUCCUGUUGCAUUUUUUAUUAUGAUGAAGCAAAUGAUUAAGAUUAAA